UGUGUUUGUUUGUGUCGGUACCUGGAGGAAGGAAAAAAAUAAAGAAGCCAGACCGGGUGCUUUCAUAAAGAAGAUUCAUACCGCAGGUAUAAGAAGGUUAGCUCCGUGUCUGCUGUAAUGGCGGUUCCCGCGGGUCAGACGGACUUCCGUGGGGACAGAGGAGCCCUGAGCGGACAAACGGUUCAACACGACAUUGAUAUCGACGAGAAAGAGUUGGAGAAUAUCACAAAGAAACACCGAGAAGACGAGACGAAAACGCUGCCUCUGCAUUCCCCUUGGACUUUUUGGCUCGACAGAUCCCUACCAGGCACGACCGCUGCAGAGUGUGUAUCCGGUCUGAAGAAGAUCUACACCGUGCAGAGUGUUCAGAUGUUCUGGAGUGUAUACAACAACAUCCCUCCAGCCACAGCACUGCCUCUGAGAUGUAGCUAUCACUUAAUGCGCGGAGAGCGGAGGCCGCUGUGGGAAGAAGAAAGCAACGCGAAAGGAGGAGUAUGGAAGAUGAAAAUACCAAAAGAAAGCACUUCUGCAGUUUGGAAAGAAUUGCUACUCGCUACUAUUGGGGAGCAGUUUGCAGAUUACUCUGCCUCCGACGACGAGGUCGUCGGGGUCAGCGUCAGCGUUCGGGACCGGGAAGAUGUCGUCCAGGUCUGGAACAGCGACGCGUCGCUCGCCGCCGAAGCAACGAUCCUGGGGAAAGUCUAUGAGCUCCUCCCACAAGUAACUUUUAAAGCUGUUUUUUAUAAGUCUCACAUGGAACAUCACGCCUUUGAAGGAGGACGCUCAAGACGUUAAAUGACCGCAAAGCACCUAUUUUUUAGGAUUUUAACGUGAACUCUGUACCUGCCUUGGUGUGAAGCCGCUGUCCACAACCUAAUCAAGGAUAUUGUUAUCGAUUGUAUAUUUUUAUAACUUUUAAUGACUGCUGCCUGGUUUUAGUUCAACGUGUCCUGCGUAUAGAUGCCAUCCGGAGGUCACUCGCUAAUGUGGGCUUUGAACGGCCCGGCGGACCUCCUGUCCCUGGUACGGGUCAGUCGCUCCACACAAAGAAACACGAGUGUGCUUUAACUGUUUGUAAGAUAUCUCGAUUCACAUCUAGUUUAAAUUAUGUCGGCUUCAGUCAGUGCCAAAGCACUUUUUCUGCCGUUUUUGAGGACAUUUGAAUCCCAACGGAAGGUUUAGAAUCAGCCGUGGUUCUUCCCGUUUCUCUUGAGGCUGAAGCGAACGUCCAGUCCGGUUACUUGAGGCUUCAUCGGCCGCGCCGUCGAACUGACAUCGGGGCGACGCUCGGAAAUAUUUGCACAUGACUACCCGUUCCGAUCGCGGCGUCCCCUUCUGAGUGCGACGCCAUCGUGGGGAAUCAGAACGUAUGCCAGCGCGGAUACGCUUCGUAUUUGUUUCCUCUGCCACUAUAACGAGACAGUUGUUGUUUUUCUUCUUCUUAUAACGCACGGGGGGGAAAAACGUACAUUUUAAUAAAAAUUUAAUUAUGACAGAUGGGACUACUGCUAAUGGAGUCGGUUUCAUCCGCUGCUUCGGAGACAACGACACACUUUAAACCUGAAGCUACGCUGACUUCACCUCGACAACGUCCAUCAUGAUAAAUUGCAUAUUUUUCUAUCCGCUCCCUUUUUCCAAAACAAAUCACCCAGAUCGGGGUUCCUUCGCUCACAUGUAUAAUAUCGCAUUGUGGGGCGACGGGUGUUAUUGAGUCACAACACUUUUAUAGUUUCAACUUUGGACUAGUUUAUUAGAAGGGGGACAACAUUUCCUUUUUGUAAACGUGAUUUUGUUUUGCAGUGACGACGUGAAUAAAAUGAAAAUACAAUUCUUA